AGCAGUAAACGCAUGAUUUUAAUUCCUAAAUCCGCUCAUACAUUACGAUUUGAAACUGAUAUCAGGAUGUCGUCUGGUAGCGGUUAUUUCUAGAAUAUACCGGCAAUGCGGCCUAGUUUUUUACCGAGCUGCUAAAGGUCUAGCCAAUCAUGGAAACAGUAUGGCAGAACUCCGAGACAUACGUGAGGGUUUAACCCUUGUGCACAAGUUACAGAAGUUUAGGGAAGGUAAUGAAGCUGCCGAUAUCCUUGCAAAGAAGGCAGCUAGUGAAGAAUGCGCGACUGGAGUUUUGACAACUGGUGCUCCAGAGAAUCACUCGUUUGGACCGGCUGGAGAGCCCAGAGGUUCAGUAUUUGGAACCCCUGGAGCAUUAAAGCUUGUCUGGUCUUGCCACAGAGAAACCGUAUAUGAUGUUGGCCCCGUGCCUCAUAUCUGGAGCAAAAUUAAGUUCAGCCUAGUAGGUGGAUGGACUGUUAUCAGGCUUCUGGCGAAGCUUAGAAAUAAACUAAGAGAUAGUCAACUUAUUAAAUAUCACUACAGAGCAUUAGAGUGUCAGUCCGGUUGAGAAUUCUGAUACAUAAAAAACAGACAUUCCACGGAAACAUGGGUGAUCAGCAUUUCUAAGUUCACUGGCUUGCAUGGAACUGUAAGUCUGUAAUUUACAAGUAAAAAUUUGAUCACAAAAGACUAAUCGCUCUAACUAGGCUCAUCAAUUAUCUUGUAGCUAAUUCAUUAGGUUGAAAUUUUCCACUUUCAUAGGCCUCAAAUAAGCAAGGUUCUAAGGAUCAUGAAACUGAACAAUUCUCCUCGACACCCAAGGAUCAGUACGAGGUGUCUAGCUCGAUUAAUAAAACGUGUCUCAGAAGUGGCUGCUAACAUGCAUCCCUAAGCUUAAGAUGAAGCCAAUAAUGGAGUUCCACUUAGAAAUGCCUUGAACAAUGUAAGAGCCUGUGACGGUGAUGUAAGUGGAACUUCAUGUGCUGCACCCCUAACAGUGGCAUAGGUAAGAUAGGUGACAUUUCAUUCCAUCUUUUCUUAUUACACCAAAUGACUGAGCCCAACCACCAACCUGCAACAUGAUCAACAAUACAGUUGCAUUGUGUGAUACAAUCUAAAGUAUGAAACCCCAAGAAUGUUCAG